CAUGCAAGAUGGGGCCUCGUACUUAUGGAUUAGCUGUAUUGCUCCUGCUGCCGUUGGCGGUGCAGCCGGCAAAUAUUUUGGGACUCUUCACCUCGUUGAGUCCCUCACAUCUCAUCAUACAUGUGGAGAUGAUGAAGACAUUGAUGGAGCAGGGACAUAAUGUAACUAUUGUGACAGUCCGUAUGCCGCCACAUCCAGUACCAGAAGGUAUACGCCAUAUAUUUAUACCGAUAUCUGCGCAAGGUGAAGAGAAAUUCAAAAGCCUUAUUGGAAAAAUGUCGGAAAAGCGACUGAUUUACUACGAUUUCGUGUGGUAUAAAGGAAUUGAGACAAUGAUUAAUCUGCAGACGGAAUUUCUCGCGGAUAAGCGUUUUACAGGCCUGUAUGAAGAACAGUUCGACAUCGUCUUUCAUGGCUAUUUCAUGAAUCUGUUCGAGCUGGGUGUGGCGGCCAAAUUCAAGUGCCCUGUAAUUAUGAACUGGGUGGGCGCACCUCUUGAUCAGACAGAUCAGCUGACGGGAAAUCCACCGGAACUGAGUUACGUCACACCCAUCACGAUGUCUGCACAGGCGGGACAGUCCUUGAGCUUUAAGGAGCGCCUGCAUGUAUUUCUAUUGCAUUGGUGUUUGCGUUUCCUAAACUGGACUUUCGACAUGAAAAUGCAACAUCAUUACGAGCACUUUUUUGGACAGGAGAAGAACUUCCCCAGCUACGCAGAAGCUAAGAUUAGCAUUAGCUUAUUCUUUUCCAAUUAUCAUACACUAACUGAGGGGCCCAUACGUCCACUCCUACCAAACUUUAUAGAAGUUGGCGGAUUGCAGGCUAAGGAAGAGCCCAGUAAACUACCUCAGGAUAUUCAAACCUUUCUGGAUACCGCCAAGGAAGGUGUUGUUCUGCUGAGCUUGGGCAGCAAUGUCAAGGGCAGCCACAUGAAGCCGCAGUCCGUGCGAAUGCUCUACGAGGGCUUUGCGGGGUUGAAGGAACGUGUCAUCUGGAAAUGGGACGAUCUAGCUAAUACACCGGGCAAUGCCUCGAAUAUACUGUACAAAAAUUGGUUGCCUCAGGACGAUAUUCUGGCACACCCGAACCUGAAACUCUUCAUCACACAUGCGGGCAAGGGCGGCAUUGCGGAGGGUCAGUAUCAUGGUGUGCCCAUGCUCGCCUUUCCCUUCUACGGCGAUCAGUUUGGAAAUGCUGAGGGUAUGGUUAAAGCUGGUUUUGGAUUGGGUCUGCGCUUGCUGGAGACUAGCGAUGAAGUGUUUCGAUCUGCUUUAAAGGAAUUGCUACAAAAUCCCAAGUAUGCCAAUGCAGCAAAGACAUAUUCGCAACGUUAUCGCGACAGACCCCUGACGGCCCGUCAGUCCGUUGUCUACUGGACAGAAUAUGUGCUCAGACACAAGGGCGCCAGACACUUGCAGACUCCCGUAUUACAUAUGAGCUUUAUAGAAAGCAACAAUUUGGAUGUCUAUGCACUGCUAAGCAUCGUGUUUUUGGGUCUGUUCUGGUUGCUGAAGAGAUUAUUUAGCUGGAUCUCUGCCAAAAUUCGUGGCAGUCCAAGAAAGCUGAAGAAGAACUAAUGACUGACAUUUUAUCAGUGCUUACUAAAAUAUGUAUUUGUUUACCAGCUCAGCCAUUGACUUUGUCAACACUGCUGUGAGAUAAGAACGGGCAUGUAACUAUAUAGGUUCUGAAUCUACAAUAAAGACUGCAGAGAUAAUGUGAUGAUACGCCA